GUCCUCCCCUCUAUCUCCCAUACAUUCCUGUCCAUCUCACUCAUAAAGCAUGCAAAUGAAAAUAAUUCUUAAAAAAAAAUAGAAAUGAAGAGGGCUUUUAUUGUGGCAGCAGAGUAACGGAAGCGGGGCGGUAACGUCUGGUACGCGGCCAAUCGGCGGCCGCAUACCAAACGGAGCAGUAGAGGAUCGCUCAAAGGAUCAUCAGAUGUGGUGGGUCGUCGAGGAGACCUGCAACGUUAAGAUCACACUGAGGGAGGGCUGCCUCGAUGUUCUGCUGAAACUGGGUCGCGAUGAGGUGGCCCAAGCGCCUGGGCUCCUACCGGCGGCUGUUGCUUCCUGUCGUGAUCUUGGGUUUCGUGAGUCUGGCGAUCGUCUCUCUUCCGUUAUUUGACACGGAAAGCCCCAAGCCUCUUAAGUUGCACGUCGACCCUGCACACCAACAGCGGGUCCACGAGUACGUGCAGAGCGUACUGCAACGGGAAUGUCGUCCCGGCAACGCCCGACGGAGCCUGCUUGACAGACUUCCUGCUUCUGGUCAUGUGACCCAGCCUUUCCUGGGGAGUGAUGCGGCGCUGCCCGAUGACCUCUUCCUCUUCCCGCCCCCCUUUGGGUUCAGAGGUCUGCGGGACAAGCUGGAAGACACGCUUAGGCUGCUGCCCCGCACCGAGCCGCCCCGGCCGCAACAGGGCCCCGGGGCGUGCCGCCGCUGUGUGGUCAUGGGAAAUGGAGGCAUUCUGAGAAACAUGGAGCUGGGCCCGCUUAUCGACCGCUUCGAUACCGUAAUCAGAUUAAACAGUGGGCCUUUGGGCGAGUUCAGCGGCGACGUGGGGAAUCGAACCAGCAUCAGGGUGAGCUACCCAGAGGGCACGCCACGCCAGUGGGUGGACCAUGACCCCCAGCCUCUGUUUGUGGCCGUGGUUUACAAGGCGGUGGACCUCAGCUGGCUGUCGGCCAUGAUCAACAAACACACCGUGGGUCUUUGGGACAGGCUGUUCUUCUGGCAGAAGGUUCCGGAUCGGAUCCCGCUGGAGCCUCAGCGGUUCAGACUGCUGAACCUGCAGUUGAUCCGAGAGACCGCCAUGGGCCUGCUGCAGUACCCCCCUCCCCAGAGCCGCCUCUGGGGCUUGGACCCGCCAAGGCAAGUUGACAUGGACCUUUCCCUCCGAGGCCUGCUUCACGUUCUCUGGGGUGGGAUCCAGUAACCUUACCGGAAAAAGUCCUGCUGUGUGAUCGAUCAAGCACAGCUGUUAGUGUAGAUGAGGCUAGACUUGGCAUGUCCCCGAAAGCAGAGGCCAUAUGAGGCCAUUCCUCCAACAAGAGCAGCUCUGCUUCAACACACUAAACGUGCUGCAUAUCAGGCAGCCUGCAUAUGGGGUCAAGAAACCCAGUGUCAGCCAGAAGCAGAGAGUCCUGCUGACUGGGGAUGGAAAAAGAUUGGUGAACAAUGGGGGUUAUUUUGGACAGCAAAUGCACCAGUUGCAAAAAGUUGUGAACAACUAGCCAAGUGUGGCUGCAAAUCAGAGUGCCGUGGAAGAUGCAAAUGUUUUAGAUUGGGGUUCACUUGCACAGAACUGUGCAAUUGCAAAUAUGAAUAAAAAAAUAAGUAGGGGAGGCAUUGGCUACCAUUUUUAACAGUCUUUAUUAUGACUCGACAGGGCACAACCUCUCAAUCUCAGGUUCGACAGUCUAAACCGAAGGCCUUUGAGCUGGUCAAAAUGUGAAUAGAACUUUUUAAAUACAUUUUUAAAUCCUUCCUUUUAACUCAGUCCCAACAGAGAACACUAUUGAAGCAACACCCACCUUGAAAAAUGAAUCUUGAAUUUUUGCGAUUGCCCUUUUCUAAAAGUGUGCCCGUUAUUUUGCUAUUUUCUGUAUCACUAUUUGGAAAAAGUGGCAAUGAACAUAGGACAGGAAUUGCAGUCAUCUUGAAAAAUGGUUUCCAUCCUGAAUUUUGACUGGCCACCUCCAGUGGCCCUUCCUCUCUGUGGACUGCACCUUGCCGUGGUGGAGAGGCUUGUGUACUCCAAUGAACAGACAUAUGACUAUUUGACAGAAAUGGUGGCCAUCUUGAAAAUGGUUGCCAUCCUGAAAUUUUGAGUGGCACAUACCGUUUUCCAAAAGAGUGUUCCUAGAAGAGUAUUUCUGCCUAAUUGUAUGCUUGAAUCACAAUUUGAACAAUUUGAAUAAUUAAUAUUUGACAGGAACGGUGGCCAUCUUAAAAAUGGCGGCCACCUUGAAUUUUACUGGGACAAGCAUCUUUUUCCAUUAACAUGUCCUUUAGAUAGUAUUUGUAUCAAAUAUUGUGCUUGGAUCAUUGUUUGAAUAAUUGAUAUAAUAAGUAUUGAAUAGCAAUGGCGGCCAUCUUGAAAAAUGGCCGCCAUAUUGAAUUUUUGAGUGGCCAACGGCUUUUUCCAAAAUAGUGGCCCUUAGAGAGUAUCUGUGCUAAAUGUCAUGCUUGUAUACCAAAGUGAACGAUUUUUUGACUAUUCUGCUCCACUACUGUUGUGAACAUGCAAUGAAGUUGAUAUUGUUAAUAUAGCAUAAACAUAUUUUUUGUUAGCAUAAAGAAGUGGAUUUGGCAUAUUUCAUCAACUCAUUCACCUUCAAGUUCACAAGCUCAUCUGUGAGCCGCUCCUCAUUCAUUUUUUCACCAUCAUUAAAGUUAUCAUCUCCAUCCAUUUUGGGGCUUUGCAAUUUUUCAAAUUCUGCGUUCAACACAGAAUUUGACCUCCGGGUGUGUGGGCCAACCCAGGGGGCCGAGUGAUUAUAACUUGGUGGCACAACAAAAGGGUUCUUCCAUCCAUCUUUGUGAACAAAUGUGAUGAGUAUUAGCUAUUGUUAUCACAACAUUAAACACAUUUUAAUAUACUUUACUCUCUCUCCAACUGUUCUUUAGCUGUUUUGUCUUGUGACAAGACGAACAUGGAAUUAAUCCCAGACUGAGCAUUUCUGUGGCCACAGUGAACCGGAAAUAGUCCAUGUCAACAUUACCAUCUUAGCCUUCAGGUAGAAUUGGGAUGUCACUCACUGUUAAAACAAUAGUUUGUUAUUCAUAGCUCAAUCACUAAAAAAUCACUCCGUACACGACAUUUGAUUAUUUAUGCGUUAUUCAAGUGCAUGGGUAAUAUGAUGUUACACCAUUCAGAGACGGAUGAGGUGAUAUACAAACAAUGAAGCUGAAAUAAUAGCAUAACUCACCUGGCAUAUUGAAAACGCGUUAUCUGUGGACGUCCAUAACAACAACUGCUGGGUUGUUUCCACAUGACAUACGACUGUUCGUGCAUUCAGGGUCGGUUAGGGCCUCAAAGUGGAGGUAUGCCUGCAGAACUCUUUCCUUGUUUGGAAAGGACACCUUUUCCCUUGUCUCUAUAAUUUCUAUCACUUUACUGAUAGCUGUAUGGGUCUGGAAAAUUAUGAGAAACAGGAGUAUUCCAAUGUUAUAGCAUUUCAAAAUAAAAGUAAUAUAUUUUGUGAGAGUUGCAUUUUCAAUCGUCAUUUAUUUGACAGAAAUAAUCUGUAAUGAAUACAUUUUAAUAAAAGAGGAACAAGCAAGGAUAUCUUAUCAUUAGUGUGCUUGCGGUAGCAAAGCACAUCUAAGUCCCGUUAACAUUAUUAUUCUCCCCACAUUCUUUUGUGAGAGAGAGAGAGAGCGAGAGAGAGAGAGUGAGAGAGAGAGAACGAACCUGUAGUCUCUUCUUCCCUCUCUCGACUGCUCUAUGAGAGCCUGGGGUAUAUUUUCCGGGAGCUUUUUUGUUGUUGAGGAGGUAUUUAAGCAUCCUUGCAAUUUCUCUGUCAUCUGGUGGAUAACUGUCCUCUUAAGAGUCGCUGUCGUAUUGGACUGUGCUGAUCUCGGUAAGAUUAAGUGUCUCUUCCUCUGUGCUCUACACCUUCCUAAGAAGCUCCCUCUUUGUUACAAACCGAUGCCAUUUAGCAACAGCUUUAUUGAUACAGGAUUGUCUUGCUUUAGAGCAGGGACAAUGCCAGGUGUUUUGCUUUGCAUCAUAUGCCACAAUAACUCUUCCCAACCUGCUGUAGUAUGUUACCUUUUUUUCAUAAACGGAUAUAUGAAUUUAGAUGGUGGACCACCUACAGUCAGGUGCACAGACAGAGGCACACCCUCAGCAUCACCUUUUUUUUGGCAACGCAAGAGGCCGGCCUUGCGCUCCUUACCAAACCACUUGUUUUCCACCAUUCUUUCCAAGGCCUCACCUGGUAGUGUCAAGGUUUGCGUGGGCAAUACAAUAAUGAUUGGAUGUGUUGGCACUCAAAAGGCAACAUCCCGCUCCUUUGAGCAAAGUCGGCAUUCAAACAACGCUGGUCAACCUCACAGAUGAUCUUCUGUGCUGGCCCCCACAUAUUCUUGAUGCAUGGGUGUUGCAGGACCACAAAAAGAUUUUUCAACUGCAAGCACACCAUGUGUACCAUCGAUACACUGACAGGCCAAAAAUCUGUACUUCGUUAUCGUCUCAAGGAGGUUGGUGUGUUUUCUCCUGCAGUGUGU